UCCCACAUUGACCUUUUCCCACAUUUACCUUUUCCCACAUUUACCUUUUCCCACACUUACCUUUUCCUACACUUACCUUUUCCCACACUUAACUUUUCGCAUAUCUGAACUGUUCCCAGUCUUGCUCUUUCCCUCCUACUGCACUUUUCGACGGGUUUCAUUCAUUGCGCACGGCUGUACUCUUAUCUUCGCAUUCAGCUUCCAGGUUUCGCCAUGGAAGGUGCCGACACGGAAGAUGGCGCAACUAACCGUGGUCCUCGGAAUUCCCUGGUUCCAAAUAACAUCGCUGAUAGUCUACUCCGAGAUGUCCUUCAACGGCGAAAGCACUACGAAGCGAACUGUCGUCACGUUGCUGGGCGCCGAGAUGACGUCUACAAAGAGAUUCCGAUCAAUCACCUCGUUCCUCUGGCGUUUCACACAACCCCUUCCCUCCUGGAGAACUUUCAAGAUAUUGAUGGUGUUGUUCAAGCCGUUUCUGAACAGUACAGUUCUGAUAAAUACAAGUCUGAUCUCUUCGGUGAUUGGCAAAAAUACUGCAAAGCCCUCAACUCUCAACAACGUGCAGUAGCUACAUUUGAGGGUGCAAUUUUUUUUGCGGCAGAGAGCAUUUCGAAGCCAAAAGAGCGAGAAGCUUGGAUCUCCUCAUCUCUCGAUCACCUGCGUUUGUUAAAGCAGCUCAGCAGCGUCAGUGGGGACGAUAAAAAUGGUCAGAAACGGAAACGUGGGGCGGGUCAGGAUGGCCGACCCAGCGCCCUAGAUGGGCAUAACCCUGCGACACGGGCAAGAUCUAUCGAGAAAACUGAGGUCCUGGCUGGUGUUAAUCUUCAGGCGGGAAGCGUACCAAGUCUUGAUUCAUCCUUUUCUGAAGCAAUAAUUGCACCCAUGUCCGACCAAAGUAGCGCGGCUGCGGAGAAUGGCUACCAGGCUGAAGCAAGUAAAACGAAUAUAGCAAUGAUGGCUGAGGUAGACAAGUUGAGGAGUAUUCUUGGAGACUACCUUGUUGACGGUAUGAAUGCGAGCCGUAUGAGACAUCACGAGAAGGACAUACGAUGGAUAACUUUUACUAAUACUGUGCGUUUGCAUGUUGCUGAUGAUAAGGGUGAGGAUUUCAAAUUGGAGAUCUGGCUGUGUCUAUCAGUCGGGAAAGCUAUUUCGCAGGCAAAGAAGAACUUCACUCCGUCUGAACUAGGUCGUUCCCCUCUCGCUGACAAUGCGGAGAACCGACUCGAGGAUGUUAUCAAACCUGUUGAAGAUUUGAGGAGCAUACUUGGUGCCUAUCUCUUUGAGGCCAUGAAAGCCAGCAAUUGGAGGAAGGAAGAGGAGACGGCGGGAAUGUCAAUAGGUACAAGCGCUGUUGAUGUGUCUUUUCCCGACGGUGAUGAUGGCACCGAUUGCAAGGUGGUUGUGAUGUUGGGCUUUGGGGCAGGUGUAGAUAUGUUUGCAAAAAUAUAUCCCAGACUCUAGCUAGCUCGCACCAAUUUGAAGUUCAUAUUCAUCACAACAACUGUCUGCCCUGCAGGAAGAAUUUCGUUCUCUUUGUCCAUGUCUGUCUUCCGCGAGGUGAUUUGUCCCUGUACACCUACACCUAUGUUGCCAGAUCCGGUUUUCCAUGCCAUGGUUCUAUCAUAAGCAACCCCUUUGAAAGUAUGAUAGUCGAUGGAUUCGUAGUCCCCGUUGACAGUUUGUUCGGCCUGCGAUUUUUGCAUUAGACUAGUAAGCUUUUAGAUAUGGGUUGAACUUGACGUACCUCAGGCAUUAGAGUAGUAAACCAAUUCCCAGCUGGGUUUAAAUUCCAAAGUUGAUUAAAUUGGAAAACAAAUUUCUCUUCGGCCUCACAGUUGAGCAAUACUGACAGUUAUGUACAAAGGAAGAGCAGGUGUGUUUGGUGAGGCUCGAGGUGGAGGUUCAAAUUUGUUGGAGUUUGUAAGGCGUUUGAUGAUGACUCAGCGCGGGGUACGAUGUACGAAGCAGCUAUUCACCUUGACGUAGAGGGUGGCUUACCCUGAUUGGAAGGUGAAAAAAACGAGUCUUGAAAGUCGAAUAUAUGUCCUGUGCCUUGAUAGUAUACUCAAAGCUCGAUGGUGAGAUGAAGAAAGUGGUGGGGCUCAGUAGUGCCCAUGUGAUUUGCUCAGGCGCAGUUUGGGCUUUCAAUACAUUCCAGGCAGCAAAGAUGCGUCAAGUAUGAACGAAUUAAUAAUGCUUCGGUGUGUAAGUUUCGAGAACUUAAUUAUGUGGAGCCAUACAUUGCACCCUGUAGCAAACUACAAAAGU